UGGCAAGUAAACAGUGCACUUCCUGUGUUUGGUUCUGUAUUGACAUCCGUCUCACACACAGUCCUGUCCUAAGUCUGUUAACCCGGUCUUCCUCGGAGUUUGUAUCAUCUUUUAAUUCGCCUUCCAGUCAGGUUGUUGAGCUUGUUAUCUGUCCACGAGGAGCGGGCUGCAGGAGCUCCGCUGCCGGGUUUGGAGAGAAGAUGUCCGGGCUGCUGUUGGUGUUGGUCGGGGGGCUGCUGGAGGUCUGCAGUGGCGUCUCGGCAAACAGAGGGGGGUAUCCCACCUUUACGGACGAAGUCCCUUUCAAAAUCACCUGGCCAGGCGCUGAAUUCACGCUGCCAACCUCAGGUGCACUUUACAACGAAGAGGACUUUGUGAUCAUGACGACAACAGAGAAGGAGAAGUACAAAUGUCGCCUUCCUUCCCUGACUAAUGGAGACGAGGAUGAUGAUAAAGACUACAGCGGGCCCAGUCCAGGCGAACUGCUGGAGCCGCUAUUCAAACGAAGCAGCUGCUCCUACAGGAUCGAGUCUUACUGGACGUAUGAGGUGUGCCACGGAAAGCACAUAAGACAGUAUCAUGAAGAGAAGGAGACUGGGCAGAAGAUCAGCGUCCAGGAAUACUUCCUGGGAAAUAUGGCGGAGAAGACCCAGUCAACAGAGACAGAUCAAGUUGAGGAAACCGAAAAUCUCAAACCCGCAGCCGAAACGAAAGUGCCUUCUAAGAACAUCGAAGGUCAGCUGACUCCCUACUACUCGCUGGAGAUGGGGAACGGGACUCCCUGCGUGCUGAAACAGAACCAGCCUCGCUCCACGUCUGUGCUGUACGUGUGCCACCCGGAGGCCAAGCACGAGGUGUUGUCCGUGGCCGAGGUCACCACGUGUGAAUACGAGGUGGUGGUGUUGACGCCUCUGCUGUGCGCGCACCCGAAAUACAGGUUCAAGUCCUCCCCGGUGAACGCCAUCUUCUGCCAGGCCCUGGCAGGCUCCCCUUUGCGACCUCAGCGGCUCAUGCAGUUGGACAAGGAGCAGGAGGACCUGCUCAAACCGCCUUUCAGCGCCACCACCGACACCAGAGAGGAGGACGUGACGCCCGUUCGAGAGGAAGCCUUCACCUCCACUCACAAACCCAUGACCGUGGGAGGGCAGGCUCAGGUCACCGUCGGCACCACUCACAUCUCCCGCCUGACGGACGACCAGCUGAUCAAAGAGUUCCUCAGUGGCUCGUACUGUCUGCAUGGGGGGGUAGGCUGGUGGAAAUAUGAGUUCUGUUAUGGAAAGCAUGUUCAUCAGUAUCACGAGGACAAAGAACAAGGAAAGAACAUCGUGGUGGUGGGGAACUGGAACGCAGAGGAGCACAUUGACUGGGCUAAGAAGAAUGUCGCCCGAUCCUACCAGCUCAAAGAUGACGGAGUGCAGAAAGUCAAGUUGGUUUCUCAUUUUUAUGGCCACGGGGAUGUUUGUGAUUUGACAGGGAAACCCAGGCAGGUCAUUGUCAAGCUCAAAUGUAAGGAGUCUGAGUCUCCACACGCUGUCACCGUCUAUAUGCUGGAGCCUCAGACUUGUCAGUAUAUCCUUGGGGUUGAGUCUCCGGUCAUAUGCAGGAUCCUUGACACCGCCGACGAACACGGACUUCUGUCAGUCUCCAGCUGAACUGAAGAAGAUCACAUUAAAGCAGCAGCGCAUGAAGGACAAGCAGGGACGCUUAUGAAACAGAAGCCUGCUCGGAGGAACAGAUGAGACCCCCGUGACACUAGCGCUACAAACCAAAAACUGUGGUUAAACUUGAACCUGAGGCUGGACUUCACGUAUCCCCGGAGCGUAGCCCUGACAGACUAAAUGCAAACGGUGAAACGGGGCUGGAGCCUCUCUCUCCACAAGGCAGUGGAAUUAUUGCCUGAACUUCAUAUCUAUGCUUCUCUGUGUGUUGAAUAAUUGCAAGGGAAGGAGUGGUAAAUCAGGGGAUCUGGAAUCGUCAGGGGAAUCAACAAUGUUCAUGAUCGUUUUAAUGUCUGUAUUUGUGUGCGUGUGAUAUGAGUUUAUUUAGCUGUUUGGCCGUGGCACUUUGUACUUGUAGAUAUGAAAAGAAAAUAAUUGUGAGAAUGUUCUGCACCAGGGCGAAUGUGUGCCGUGUUAAUUUACAGGAUGAGUGAGUGUAACUUAUGCAUUAGACGGUGCUGUGGAAUAACAACGAGAGAGUGUUUGAUGCAAAUUUCUUUUUAGUUUGUAGGAUGUGCCGAAUGUCUGUGGGCGUGUUCUGUGGUUUUAUGAGGAUGAACACUGGGAUCCUGAUCACUUCACUGGGGUAAAAAAAAAAAAAAACAAUGCAUUUGCAGCAAAGAAUAAAACAUAUGAAACCUCAUUUGUAGUUUUGCAUUAGCAUUCAGGUGGACAAAGUUGACUUGUCAGAGUUAUAAGGACACCGUAACAGCAAACGUCUCUGCUUAGGGAUGUCAUACUAGUUGUCAUCACUUUUAACAAUAUAGAAAUGUCUUAAUUAAGUGACCUUAAUCUGAACAGAGAUGAGUUUGUCUCCUGCAUUUGUCGUCUUAAAUGUUAUGGCCACAAGAGGGUGCUGAUGCUGUGUGUUUGUAUUGCAUAAGCUCCACUCAUUCAACCCCUUGUCUUAAGUAAGAAACCAGUUCAUAUAAUAAUAAAAAAAGAUCUGCAACCUCUUA